GCAGUGCAGAAUGUGGAGAGUGUCAGAAGUAUGUGAGCACUGGAGCAGGUUGAGAAAACACCGCAGUAAAAACAGCAGGAAACACCGAUUUACCUGAGGAGGAACUGCUGGAGAAGGAAAACUCAAGCAUUAAACCCAGUCUUUAAUCUACUGGAACAUUCAGAAGGUUGCCAAGAUGGCUUUGAACCUUCUGUCCCCCUCUGCUCUCCUCGAGAUCGCUCCAUCCUCCCUCCCAAUGGCCCUUCAGAGUCCAUCUUUCUACGCCUCAACACUGCAUCCCACAAACCUCUCCAACAAUGCCAGUGGCAGAGGCAGCAUCAUGGGCAACAAAGGCGGAGCGAUAACUGGUGCUGCCAUUCUCAGCCUCGUCUUCCUCCUGGGCGUCCCAGGGAACGUCUUUAUCAUGUGGAGCAUCUUGGCCCGAGCGCGGCGUCGCUCCAUCACCACCCUGCUGAUCCUGAACCUGGCCUUCGCUGAUGGUUUCCUCAUGCUGCUCACGCCCUUCUUCAUGGUGUAUCUCGUUCAGCGAAGUUGGGUUUUAAGCCUGGCGCUGUGCAAAGUCCUGUACUACCUCUGCUGCGCCAACAUGUAUGCCUCCAUAUUCAUGAUCAUGCUGAUGAGUCUGCACCGGCUGGUUGCGAUCGUGUGGCCGAAGCGAGUAGGGGCGAAGACAGAGCGAAAGAUGCUGACGCGGGUGCUGGUGGGACUCUGGGUUCUCGCUCUGGGACUUUCUGCACCCGUUUUAGCCUUCAGGAACAUCACCAGCGACAAUAAAAAGCCUGAGAAAUUCGUGUGUGACUGCAUCCAUCAAGAAACACAAUAUGAGGUGAUGCAGUAUUCUAUGGAAACGGUGCUGGGCUUCUUGUUGCCGUACGGCGUGAUCAUUGGAAGUUACACUUGUAUCCUGCGCAGAAUCCGCAAGACACGAUUUCGCAGACGCAUCCGCAGUGAAAAGCUCAUCCUGGUGAUUGUCGUCACCUUCGGGCUCUUCUGGCUACCAUACCACAUCAUAAACUUGGUGCAGGUGACUGCUGCUUUACUUCCAGAAGGUUCUGCAGCGAAACAAAGACUGCAGGAAAUCAGGGCGAAUCUGCGAGCACUCACCUCCACCGUGGCCUUCGUCAGCAGUUGCAUAAACCCUGUCCUCUACACAUUCGCCGGGAAGUCCUACAUCCGCCGGGAGGGUCUGGCCUUCAUGGCGCGCCUGUUUGAGGGAACUGCACUGGAAUCCACACGCAAGAUCCGGAGGAGCAACCAGAACAGCCGAGAGCGAGACAAAGAGACGGACGAGGGAGAAAGUCUUAAAGACAAAGAAUCAGAUUCUAUCAAUACCAUUAAUCCAAACUCUGUUAUAACAGUCGCACCUCAGAAAAAUGGUAAGUGAGGGUCUAGUUGUGGUCCCAGAAGGGAAAGUCUGUGGUGCGAGCAAUGGAUUGUAUGUGUGCUUUAGUGUUGCGUGGUGAGUAAAUUGGUACAUCUGGCUCUUCAAAAUAAAAACUUUGUACCAAUUACCUACCAGAAAAUCACAAGAGAACAGAUGGACCAGUGUCUAAGACAGAGGACAGAGGCUAAAUAAGAAACAGGGGACAGAGGCUAAAUAAGAAACAGGUUAAAACAAUUACUAGUUCACAAUCCAGUGAAGAGAUCAACCUGGAAUACUUGGAGCUCUGUUUAUCCCUGCUUCGUCUCUUUGUCCAGGAGAGGGCGCCACAAAACUGACACAGCAUAUCUGACAGAAAGAGACCAGUGUUCCUUUCAUCCGGACACUAGGUGAUGUCAAUUGUUAUAACCAAAGACUCAAAGCUGGCCCAGUCAGAUCAGUUUGGCCACAUUCUGAGAUUUAAGCUGGAAGUUGUUGUUUGUGCUGGUAAACGAGGACAGUUGCUUCUAAAUUAAUAGUAAUGCCUUUCCCACAACAUUGUCUGUGUUGUACUACUGGUUAUACAGGGUUUUAAUAUUACUUUGACAUUCAUUUUACUAGUGUAGAAAUAUACACUCUAAAAAAGUUAUUCAGUGGUUCUUUGGCUUGUAAUCCUAUGUAAGUGCUAUAUAGAGCCUAAAAAGGACCUGUAAUGCAGGGGUGUCAAGCUCAGCCAUGUAGAGUUCAGUUUCAGCACACUUAAGCCGCAGUGACACUAGAGCACAGGUGUCAAAGCCAGUUCCUGGAGGGCCGCAGCUCUGCACAGUUUAGUUUCAUCUCUAAUUAGAGCUGCGGGCCUCCAGGAACUGGCUUUGACACCUUCACACUAGAGUUUGAGCAUGCAAAAUUCUGUCAGACGGCACUUUAAAAACUGACGGGACAAAAUUGGUGUGAUGUGACAGAUAAAAUGAAGCGAUUGCUCCAUUUUCUUUGCAUAGAGGGGUCAUGUUUUGAUCUUCAUGUGACAUGGAAUCGUAGGUCAGAGUUUGAAAUUUGAAUGGAAGUCAAUGAGGCUAAAAGUGAAGUGUGGCCGCGACUUUUAUAGGUUUCGAACAAGUUUGAUAGACUCAAUUAGUUUGAUAAGGUGUGUUUAACUAGGGUUAAAGCCAGUGUUGGGCAGCAGCGUUGCUACAAGUAGUGACGCUACUAGCUUAACUACAUUUCUCAGUAGCGUGGCGGUAGCGUCGCUACUUUCUAAAUCAAAUAGUUUUUCAGUAGUGAAGCUAUUUUAUUAGUCAAGUAGCGCAGUUGCGUCCAAACAAGCUACAUUUACCGAUCGCAGAUCAAUAAGUGACGGCACCGACAUUCACAGAGCUGUGAGGCCGGUGUCUAGCUGAUGAAAGUAAAUCCAUAUGAUCGCGAAAAUGACGAUUUCUUCUUCAUGUUUUACGGUGGUCGACAACACACAUUUUGGUGCAUUACUGCCACCUCUCGCUCUGGUCGGUGAACCAAUUAGACCAGGGCAGGGCAAACUCGAUCCUUGAAGGCCGGUGUCCCUGCAUAGUUUUGCACCAACCCUAAUCAAACACACCUGCUUGUAGCUUUCUAGUGAUCUUGAAGACAGUAAUUAGGGUGUUCAGGUGUGUUUGAUUAGUGUUGGAGCAAAACUCUGCAGGGACACCGGCCCUCCAGGAUCGAGUUUGCCCAUGCCUGAAUUAGACUAACACGAGAAAUUUGCUUGAUGGAAAGAUGACUGAGGAAGAGGAGUUAUUUCUGAAGCAGAAUUUUUCGUGACCACACCUCGAGAAGUACAUGUUACGAUGCAAUAACGUUAAUUCUGAUGCUGUGCUUUAAAUGUGGAAUUUUUGUUUUUACUGUUAUAUACUAUAAUGUGUUUCUGUUUAGUACAGCACAUUAUUUACAGUAAAUAACUGAACUGAACUAUUAUGCCUCAUAUGUUUCAUUGACAGUUUUAUUGAGCACCAAGAUAUGAUCGACUUGGAUUUAAGUUGCUUCGAUUUAAAAAUAAAAAUUGCAAAAAUAGUUUCGAUGUAGCUAAGCUACUUUUGCCAUGUAGCUUUUAGCUUAGCUUGCUACAUUUCCCAGAGGGUAGCUUUUAAUGUCCUCAAGCUACAUUAUUGGUAAAGUAGCUAAUAGCUUAGCUCACUACAUUUUUUCAAGUACUGUAGCUUGCCCAACACUGGUUAAAGCUAAACCUCACAGAGCAGCAGUCCUCCUGGAGCUGAGAUUGAUAACCCUUCUGUAAUGGUUAUGGACCCUGCUGAAAAGUCCAGCUUAAACCAGCCAAGGCUGGUUGGC